AUGGGAAAUCGCCUCGUGCCAACGUCGAAGACGGAGACGCUGGAGCUCAGUCUUUCCGGCUUUGAUGGCACAGAAGUUCACCUCAGCGUGCCAGAGGACAUCCUUGGGAUCGAUCUGGUGCGGCGGGUGAGGUGCCAGAUAGCCCCGAAGCUUGGCGCGCUCCACGUGUUCUUCGGAGAUGUCCAGCUGUCACAUGACCAAACUUUACAACAGCAGGGCCUGAACACAGACUCAGUGGGAUCCAUUACCUGCACGCCCAAUUGCUUGCUAAAGGCAUGGAACGUGCUGAAAGGACAUGAUAUGGAUGAUUCUCAGCAGGUGCUCGAAGGCGUUACGCAAAUGAGUGUGGAUGGCUUAUACUGCAUCUUGCCACUUACGCUGCAGAGCCUGACAUUCGGCGAUAGCUUUGACCAAAGCUUGCAUGGAGUGGCUUUGCCGGGCCGCCUGCAGAGCCUGACUUUCGGCCGCAGUUUUGACCAAAGCCUGGAUAGAGUGACUUUGCCAGCUAGCCUGCAAAGCCUGACUUUCGGCAGCAAGUUUGAUCAACGCUUAAAGGGAGUGACACUGCCAGGCAGUUUGCAGAGCCUGACUUUUGGCUACAUGUUUAACCAAAAAUUGGAUGGAGUGGCACUGCCAGGCACUCUGCAAAGCCUCACUUUCGGCGGUAACUUCGACCAACGCUUGGAACGAGUGACCUUGCCAGGCAGUUUGCAGAGCCUGACUUUCGGCCAACAUUUCAACCAACGCCUGGACGGAGCUACUUUGCCACAAGGUCUGCAAACCCUGACUUUCGGCUGGAAUUUCAACCAAAGGCUGGAUGCAGUGACAUUACCAAGCAGACUGCAAAGGCUGACUUUCGGCUGUGCGUUCAACCAAAGGCUAGAUGCAGUGGCAUUGCCAGGCAGCCUGCGAAGCCUGACUUUCGGAGGUACCUUCGAUCAAAGCUUGGAUAGAGUGACGUUGCCAAGUAGCCUGCAAAGCCUGACUUUCGGCGAUAGCUUUAACCAAAGCUUGGAAGGAGUGACGUUCCCGGGCGGCCUGCAGAGCCUGACUUUCGGCUAUAUGUUUGACCAAAGCCUGGAUGGCGCGACUUUGCCAGACUCCCUGCAAAACCUCACUUUCGGCGGUAGCUUCGACCAACGCUUGGAACGAGUGACAUUGCCAGGCAGUUUGCAGAGCCUGACUUUCGGCUGUAUGUUCAACCAAGCGCUCGAUGGAGUGACAUUGCCAGGCGGUCUGCAGAGCCUGACUUUUGGCUAUAGGUUCAAGCAAAGCCUGGACGGAGUGUCUUUGCCAGGCAGCCUGCAAAGCCUGACUUUCGCUCAUGAAUUCAAGCAAAGCCUGGAUGGAGUUGCGUUGCCAGGCAGCCUGCAGAGCCUGACUUUUGGUCAAGGCCAAUAUUUCAGCAACACUCUGGCUGGAGGUACUUUUGGAGGGGGCAUGCAGAAGCUGAUUUUGGACGAAAUGCUCAACCAAAGCCUCGAUGGAGUGAUUUGGCCAGGCGGUUUGCAGAGCCUGACUCUCGGCAAUUACUUUGACCAAAGCUUAGACGGAGUGACAUUGCCAGGUAGCCUGCAGAGCCUGACUUUCGGCUGGAGUUUUGACCACAGCCUGGACCGAGAGACUUUGCCAGGUAGCUUGCAGAGCCUAACUUUCGGUCACGACUUUAACCAACACUUGGAUGGAGUUAUUUUGCCCGGCAGCCUGCAGCGCCUGUCUUUCGGCCAUGAGUUUAACCAAAGAUUGAUAGGAGUGACAUUGCCAGGCAGUUUGCAGAGCCUGACUUUCGGCUAUAUGUUCAACCAAGCGCUCGAUGGAGUGACAUUGCCAGGCGGUCUGCAGAGCCUGACUUUUGGCUAUAGGUUCAACCAAGCCCUCGAUGGCGUGACUUUGCCAGGCAGUCUGCAAAGCCUGACUUUCGGCGACAUGUUCAACCAAGUCCUCGAUGGAGUGACAUUGCCAGGCGGUCUGCAGAGCCUAUCUUUCGGCGAUAUGUUCAACCAAGGCCUCGCUGGAGUCAGUUUGCCAGUCAGUCUGCAGAGCUUGACUUUCGGGCACAACUUCAACCAGCACUUUCGGGAUGUGGAGUUUGCAGGUAGGUAUUUGCGCGACACCCUGAAGUCUCAGAUGGCCUUGCGGUGGAUAAGGUACCACCUACGAGAACAUGAUCUACUGCAGCUACUUCUGAGGGAUGCGGCGGGCCGCAUCCCGGAACUGCACGGGCAACAAGCAGGCUGUCACUGCCGGAAUCACCGCGACGAUGUCGGGCUGAUGCUGAUGCGCCUGGUGACGGGCGGGGUAGAGCUUGGCCCGCUCUUUGCGCCGAAGGCCAUGGUGUUCGCCGGGGUGAGAAAGUACCGGGACGCUCUGAUGAAGUUGAUGAAUAAGUCACCGAAGGACGAGGUGAGCCUGGAGACGAAGAUCCUGGCGGCAUCAAUUGGGGGAUUCUUAUAUGCGCACGCGGCGACCGCCAAGGCCGACGCAGGCGCUGGAAGACGGCCGCCCACGGAGAGUGAGACCAGGGUGUUCCCCAUCGGGCAGCGCGAAUUGACGAGGUUGGAGCCUUGGGACCCCUGGCUGGGCUUCUUGGGUUUGUUGGCUCAUGCCAGCGCUCCGCCACGCUACGACGGCCCCGACCCCGUGGCGGCGGCCGAGGCGCCGACACGCCGAGGGGCCGAUGGGCGGAGCGCGCAGGACGUGAGCCUUGCAUUGGGCACGGAGGUCGGCCAAUUGCAGAAGCAGAAGCCUCCCGCGCUGGCGAAGAGCCAGGCCGAGGCGGAGCUGCAGGUGCGGCAGCUCAGCGAGAUGCAGCAGAAGGCGCAUGAGCAGUCUCUGGCCCUCGCGCAGGAUGUGCGGGUGAAUUGUCCAGACUUUGCAGUGACGGGGGCCAUUACACCGACCUGCCCCAUGUGUCGGCUCACUGCCUUGAGGUCCAAGAGCAGCGCCAAGAAACGCAGCAGCUGCUCACAGCCGCCCCAGACCGAGAGCGGUGAACGCACUGCAGGAGCGGUCCGAGAGCAGUCGGGCUUCGACAACCGGGAGCCCGAUGAAUGUGCGCUGAGCGCCGCGCUGGCGCCGGUGCACUCGGACCUCGCGCGCGUGGAGGCGCUGGUGGGCUCUCAGGUCUCCGAGACUCUGCGCGCGAUGGCUUCCCAGAGCCAGGAGCGCAGCGCCUUUGUGGCCGCUCUUGCGGAUCAGCAGAGGGCACCGGUGCAGGUGUCAGAUGCUUCUGCGCAGACGCAGGAUGACAAGAAGAAGGAGCACGAGGCGCUUUUUUCAGUUUUGCCAUGGGCUGGGCGGAGUUGUCGGCGCAGUGAGCGAUUUCGUCCGGCGCCGUCGGCAAAACGAGCACUGUGCGCACCGCCCGACAUGGCGCUCACGGAAGAAGAGGCCAAGGCCUUUUACGAGGACAACGACGGCGAGCCGGCGACCGCAGAGCAGAUCAAGGAAGCAGAGGAGAAGUUGAACCACAAGUUGCCGGAGGCGUACAAGACGCUGCUGGCAGUGAAGAACGGUGGCCGGCCCAGCAAGAGCUGCGCGCCCACCAAGUCAGGCACCUCCUGGGCUCAGGACCAUGUGGCGAUCGAGGAGCUGCUAGCCGUGCAAGAGAUUGCCGGUGAGACGGCGGAUUACGUCAGCGAGUGGGAGUACCCAGAGAUCGGCUUGGUUAUCGGGAGCUGCCCUUCUGGAGGCCAUGACCUUAUCUGGCUGGACUAUCGGAAGUGCGGACCGCAGGGCGAGCCGUUGGUGGUGCACGUCGACCAGGAAUUUGACUUUAAGGUGACCCACUUGGCAGAUGACUUUGCUUCCUUUGUGCGGAACUUGAAGUCGGAGGAGGAGUUUGAUCCCGAGGGCCCGGAGAAGAAAGCCAAGACCGGCGAGGAGGGCGAAGGGGAGGAGGAUGAGUGAGGCUUAAGAUGGACGGCUAUGUCGGCUAGACUUGGGUUGUCCAAAGGCAAUCCUUCCCUUGUAUGGCGCCAGCGGGACCACCUUGUCAUGUU